AGCGGUUCGCCUGUGGAGUAGGCAGCCCAACGCUCACGCAGGCUUGGUGUGCUGCCAGUGCUACCAUUACCACUAAAGGCUAGACCACACAUGAUUGUUUGCCAUUUCGGGAGACUUAGAACCUGAUCAAAGCGACCGGGCUAAAGUUAAGCGAGGUACUCAUUUAAGGAUUUAGGACGUGCAAAAUCAUUCCCUCCCAAAAGGCCUUCGGCUUAAUGCGCUGAACACUUGGACGAAUCGACAGACGGUUCGGGUCUCGUGACGGUGCGGACGACGUCAGCAGCUGGUGGAAGAACGUGUACGCCGGAGAGGACCUACAAGUGAGUGUUACGAUUUUGAUCCUGUCGAGCAGCCUUUAGCCCUCCUGCAGGAGGCAGAAGCCUCAACUGCCCACUGCACUGCAGGUUAACGGGUCAGCAGCGUCGUUCCGAGCGGGUUUCACCACGUCAGACUAUGGCCCACAAGUGCGCUGUCUGCGCCAAAGAGAUGAGGUGCUUAUCGGCGCUCACAGUGCACCUGCGCUCGCACACUGGGGAGAAGCCUUUCAAAUGCACGGUGUGUAGCAAGAGCUUCAGUCAGAAGAACAACCUUCGAAGCCAUGUCCGAGUCCACUCCGGGGAGAAGCCUUUCGAAUGUUCCGUGUGCAGUGUGAGGUUCAGGAUAAGUAGCGACCUUCAAAAGCAUCUCCAGACUCACACCGGAGAGAAGCAUUUUGAGUGCACGCUAUGCAGUAUGAAGUUCAGCCGUGGAGGCACCCUUCGGAGCCAUCUCCGCACCCACACUGGCGAGAAGCCGUACGAAUGCACACUGUGCAAUGCCAAGUUCAGUCAGGGAGCCGCCCUUCGUACCCACCUGCGAACCCACAGUGGACAGAAGUCGUUUGAGUGCACGAUCUGCAACGAGAAGUUUGGUUCCCUUGAUAACCUUCGGAGCCACCUGCUGACCCACACCGGGGUGAAGGCCUUCGAGUGCUCAGUCUGCGACAAGAAGUUACGCGACAGCGGAGCCCUGCGAAGGCACCUCCGGACCCACGCCGCGGGAGUGCUGCUAGACUGCACGGUCUGCCACAAGAAGUUUCCUGACAGUGGUAAGCUGCGGCGCCAUCUUCGUACCCACACCGGGGAGAAGCCCUUCGAGUGCAUGGUCUGCCACAAGCAGUUUGGUUGUUGUGAUAACCUUCGCCGCCAUGUUCGUAGCCACACCGUGGAGAAGCCUUAGUCACUGGACUGGCACUGUUAAUGAUAGCGGUUCGAUUUCAAAAUGUAGUUGUCAUCUGCUUUACAUCUUUUGUUUGAUUUGAGUUACCACCCACUGUUACUAGUAACCAUACUCGAACACUCUCAUGCCAGGAACGUGACAUCAGGUUGAAGCGAAUUUGUCAAAAUGUCACGUUUCUUUGACCACUGAGUCACAUUCGUUUUGCAAGCGAAUAAGCUAGUUUAUGGCUGAUUUGCAUUGAAAGGAAUGUGACACAAUGAUCAAAGGGACGUGACACUUUGAGAAAUUCGUUUCAAUGUGAUGUCACGUUCUUGGAAUGAGUGCGUUCGUGUAUAGUUAGUAGCUUUUCAAAGUGUUUUUUCCCAUAAUCUUAAUCCAAUCCCAAAAUAAAAAGUGGUGCCGCAAGGUAUCAAACCAGCGGUUGAAAGCGGCCUCGGCCAUUUUCUGUCCUUGAAACGAAAAUUGUCAGUGUGGAACCUCUGCAGCAUAGACUGCACAAACGCAGCAUAGACUGCACAAAUCAACAGAUUGCACACAUCUGCAUUCAGAGGUUCUUAAUGUUUUUAAAAUGAUGUGACAAGUAAAAUAUCUGUUGGAUCAUACGCUGAAUUGAAAGGUGUGACUGUGACUAACUUCUUUUUUGCUACCGUUGUUACUUUAAAUGUAUAAUUUGUUAGUUUUUUAAUUAUCAUUUUAAUAUGAGAUGCGUUAUCACUUAACGAAAAUUCAAGAAGAGAGUGGAGUAGGUGCAAAAGAUGACGCUGGAGUUGUAGAUUUUCUUGAAUCUUCCCAAGUCAACUUAAAGCACUUUGUUUUUUGGGUCAUCGAUCUUACUUACCUUGACAUCCUGUGGUUGUGAAGGUUCAAACGAUGGUAGGUUGACCGGAAAUUGUUUGUACUGCGGUGACUGCCACCAGGGUGAAAUAGAGCCCCUCGCAGUACGCUUGCGUGACUGCCGGAUUUCGGCCUUACUGUGGUGUCGGGUUUUGUUUUAUGAAUCAAUGUUCUACGUUUAUCUACGUAAUUUGACCGAAUUCACUGUUAUUUUCAUUGAUCAAAAUGUCUAAUUAUGUUUCUCGAUAAGACCCAUUCUUUGUCACAUAUUUGUCGACUUUAAGGAGGCAGUGUCUUCUCGGCACUGGUUUUGAUGUUUGUGGAUCAAAGAAUUGAUUAAAAUAAUUUUGAGCAUCAUCAAAA